AUGAAAGAGAAGAAUUAUGACAGCAUUAAUGCCUCAAAGGUUGGAUUUCACUUACCUACGUAUUACCUUACUUUCCAGACUUUACGUGGCGGGAAACAUGGAGGCAAAUCUAACUUUGAUGACGGUCCGAGCAAGACUACAAGUGUGCCUUCACAUGCUGAUUUCUUUAUCUUCGAGAGUACCUCGACAGGUUAUCUUUCGUCUCCGGGUUCAGUUGGUGGUUCGUUAUUCGUCCAGGCACUCUGUCAAGUCAUCAAAAGGGACUAUCUUACCAAGAAUUUCCAAGAAAUGAUGACACUGGUCCAGUAUUACGUAACACUUGAAAAGAAACCGGAUGAGACACUGUACAGAUACUCCACGCUCAGGAAGAAUAUUCGGUUUGCAGCUGAAGAGAUCGACGUAGACGACGAACCCACAUCCUCGCACCAAAGUACUGUUGUGAACAGACAACUGAUAGAUGAGGUCAAGAUGGGCGACGAACUAUCAAGAACACAGCCAUGCAGAGCUGUUGUGCACAGUGAACAGCGCACACAUAGCCAGGUGCGGCCACCAAGUCCGCGUAUUGAAGAUAACCGAAACAACCCUAUUGCGGAUAGGAACCUGGAGGUUGUGUCACAUACAGAGAUAAAAUGGAGGCCGAAAGGAAUAAGAAAGUUGGUGAAACUUGGUGAAGUCGGAGGAAAUUACGGAAUAGUCAGUACAAGGUUCAUGUUGAAAGGUUACACCUUCGAGCUAGAGGUUACUGCCGAGGACGAGGAUGGAAAGCCGCAUCUGGCGGUUACGCUAAGCCUGUGCCGCGGUCGCAAUGACGAUAACCUGGAAUGGCCAUUCAGUACGCCGUACACGAUAACCCUCUGCCACCCUCAUGACGAAGACUAUACCAUCCCGGUAUCUGCUGUAUUCGGCACCCAUACCCGUACUUCCUAUGUGAGACCACAGGAUGACAGUAAUCCUGGUGUUUCUUUCUCCCUCAUACCGCUUGAAUCAUUUCAACAGCGCCAGUAUAUAAUCGACGAUGCCCUUUGCUUGUCAUUGAGCUUGCACGCUUCAGUUCAAUAAUACACUAUACGCUAAUGCGUCAAAAACCCUCUAUAUGAUAUGCUGAGUACGACACUUUUAUUGUAAUAUUUUCCAAUGUCGCAGAACGCACUUGUGGUCUGUGCUACACCAGUGUUGUAGACAUAUAGAAACACACAAACAGAACACAUUUGGGUAAUCCACAAUGACGGUACAUGGGCCACUGAUGGAAAGGCAGGCAGUAGGGUUCGGAAUCCCGAGCCGUUUCACAUUCCCGGGAUUUCGAAAUUUCGAAAUGUGGAUCCCGGAAUCCCGGGACGGGAUCGGGAUUUUUUUCGAAACUAUACCCAGGAUGCCGUAUAUGACCGCAUCCACUUGCACUUGAUAUCCGUAUCCACUUGAUAUAGUUCACGUCUCCUGUCAUCCCCACGGAACAUUCGAAAGGAAAAAAGCUGAAAAAAAAAACUGCUCAAUGGGGCAACCCUGCGUAUUACAUUGAGUAUUCGCACCGUGCCGCGACAAACGAAAGCAGAUGUCUGUCUUCCUUCCCUUUAUCAGAUUCCUUGAAAGUACCGGCCUGAUGGACUCCCUCUAAGACCCCAUCAGAGCCGUCAGCAUCAUCCUAAUCACCGUCCUCUCAUUUUCCCCCAAUAGCAAUGGGGUAACAUUCUGCUCAAUGAGCGGAAGUCAUCCCCAUAUCAUCGUCAUCAUGUAUCUCCCUCUCUCUCUCUCUCGCACCGUGCCUGCAUGUCAACUGAAAUGCCGCAAUGAAAUCUGUCUCUUCUUGUCGUCUGCUACGCAAUACCUUCUGGCUGCGUCCAGGAUAUUUCCCGCAGUUAGUAGUGCACGAGAAUUCUAGUUACGCAGCCGCAAAAAUGAAUGACGUAUUUCGCAUCAUUCGCUCGAGUAUUCUGGGGAAUGCCACUUGUGUGAAUACAUGGAAUAAUGCGGUUUGCUCGUCUUGCCUUUUAUUCAUCCACAGUGACUGUUGUGUUCUGGUCUGAAGCAGCAGAGUCUAUAAUUCUCUGAAAAGGCUGUCUCCAUUUUCUGGUUUACUUUAGAGAGUAUUUAUUCUUGUUGAAUUGUAUUUACUGUUUCAAAUAUACUUAUUCGUGAGGAUUAAGAGAACAAAAGAGAUAUCCUGCAAUAUUUCUUGUUGUAGGAUUGGAAAAAUCAUUCUGAUUUCAUGGGGGUUUUAUGCUACUUGAGGGCUGUUUUCGUCUACAGCUUGCGUAGUUUACAUGUGUCAGCAGCUAAUGUCGUUGUAAAGUGUCGUGGACGACUAGGUUGGUCCGUUUCGGAACGCAAAUGAUAUUUUUUUAGGAAUGGACGCUUGAAACAAAACGUGGAUUGGAACCCUGCUUUCCCUUUCACUCGCACCGCGGAAUAUUUGUUGUCAAAAAAGCCGAAAUUUAUAAUCUCCAAAUCUCACGAUUUGCCAAAUGCUCAAAUUAUACUCAAAUCCCGGGAUUUCAGGACCCCGUGGUCCCGGGCUUCGGACCUAGACCGUAGUCGGUAAUUGUUUACAACCAGCCUUGUGAAAGAAUCACGAUUGUUAUGACAAUAUCGAGAAAGUUUGAUUCACUCGAUUGACUUUGAUUUAUUUGAUCUAAAUCAACUUUUGAGGACGCAUUUCGUUUCGACUACGAACACCACUCCUGUGAAAAUCUGGGAAGUAAACCCUGACGACAGACUCUAGAACAGCACUUCACCGCAUAGCACGCCGUACGCCGACCAUUUCCACGAAUGAUAGCGUUAUCGCUUUUGAUUCGAAAGUAGACCAGGGCGUGGCAAUUUGGAUAUAUGAAAACUGCCACAAAGAGGCAUACGCAUCCACCUCUCUUCGGAUAACAAGCGAUAGUCCAAUAAUUCGUGG